AUGUCAUUCGCCAACAAAACCAAACAACAUGCCUGCAGCAACGAAACAACGACGACGAACAAACAAACAACAGCGCCUCCACUAUCUGUGCAAAUUAUGGACCGGAAAAGAUCCUUCCUGAAAGAAACACAAAAUCGCCUGCGUCAACAAACACCAGUUGCUGACACGUAUACAUGGAAAUUUAACGGGACAUCGUCCCUACCGGCCGGUGUAACCGAGCAGCUUAUAUCUGGACAAACGGGAGGUGGGUCAGGUAUAGAUAUUCUACAUAUUAAAAACUUGACAGAGUCAACAUUCGGAACGUACACGUGUGCGGCGACAGUCAACGGAUAUACAACAGAACAAUCUCAUUUUAUUGGAAUACUUGCCGAGAAGCCCGUUGUCAACAUAAUUAAACCACCGGUAUCUUCAAGUUUUGCUAUACAAUGUCAAGUAACUGGAUAUCCUGCUCCAAACAUACAAUGGGACUUUAUUCCGAAAGCGACGUCACAUGUACAUCAGAAUAACAACCAUGGUCUACCGCACGAUGUCCAAGCCCUGUACGAGACUUAUCAGUCGACACUGUUUGUAAAUAAGUACGUCCCUGUCGAUCACACUGGUCGCUGGUAUUGUAAGGCAAGCAACGCUGCAGGAACCGCUGUUUAAGAAGUACACAUUCCAUAGGUGUGUUAAAGAAGUACACAUUCCAUAGGUAUACUUUCAUACUUCCUCACUGCGACUUUCUUUUAUUUUUGUUGUAAUGGUAGUAUUCAUAUUUUACUGUAAACAUUGGAAAAUAACAAUAUAAACUAAAA